AAAUAUAUAAUACGAUCCAAAUAUUACAAUGAUGUCAAUUACUUUACUAAUAAUUCAAUUAUUGAUUUAUGUAUUGAAAAACUACAAUCUGACCCUGAUAAACUUUAUUUGACUGACAGCGAAAGUGGUCGCAAAUGGACAAGAGGUCAGGUAUUAAAAAUGGCCCUAAAUUUUGGCCAAUAUUUGCGCCGAGAGUGUGGACUGGAAACGGGAGAUAUUGUUUGUUUGAUUACAUACAACAAUGACUAUCACGGUAUCGGAGUUUUGGGUGUUUUAGCAGCCGGUGGUGUCUAUACUAGUUUAGACAUGACGUCAACUGAAAAUGAAAUUCAAACUACUGUCUCAACAAUUAAACCAAAUAUUUUGAUUGGAUUUGAAGGAAAUGUUGAUUAUUUAAAACAAUUGAAACAAAAUGUUGACAGCAUCAAGACAAUUCUAUUACAUAAAAAAAUUGCUAAAAAUGAUUACCCGGACGACACAGACAACAAUGAUUUAUUGAUAACUAAUAUUAUAACAAACAUAACAACAAAUACGACACCAAAUAAAUCAGAUACCGAUUCCGAUGAUAACAAUAGUUUUGUGCCGAUUAGCCGAUUGCCGUCCGAUAUGGCAACAUUGAUAAUGACAAGCGGAUCUACCGGCGCCCAGAAAGCUGUCAUUUGGACCAAUCGUCAAUGGCUGGCCAAUGUAUCGAUUAGACGUCAUCCGGAAGUAAUGUCGCCAACCGAUAGCUAUGCCGACAAAAUCAUACUAAGCCGACUGUACUGUCACGGGGCAGGUAUACAAGUUUUGUUUCAGUCGAUAGUAUUAGGCUGGCAAAUGGUUGUCAUCAGUUAUCCGCCAGACAUUAGUUUAGCUCACGACUGGUUCUUCAAUAUAUUAAAUAAAUAUAAUGUUAGCUAUUGUUUUUUCAUAUCCAAUGAUUUGUUGUAUUUGUUGAACAAUACAGACAAAUAUACUAAACAAUAUUUACAAUCAGUUGGCCAUUACAGUAUUGUUGGCCAAAAAGUAAGCCAACAACUAUACGAUCAGAUCGGACACAUAUAUGGUUCAGAAAAGUUUAUUAUAACUUACGGUAUGACCGAGUGUUUCCUAGUGAUGACUAAACCAUUUAGUAGACAACAUAUGUGGACAUCGGCCGAUAAUAUCGGUUGUGUUGUUCCCGGAAUGGAAGUCAAAAUUAUCGAUGAAAGCGGCAAUAGUUUACCGGCCAAUCAAACGGGACAGAUAUGUAUACGCGGACCGACUUUAACAUCAGGAUAUUAUGGAAAUAAAGAUGUUUUCACUAAAUUUUUAACAAACGAUGGUUUCUUUAUGUCCGGAGAUUUGGCAUAUUAUGAUGAAAACGAAUUCUUCUAUUUUGUCGACCGAAUCAAAGAUAUUAUUAAGUUUUGUGGAAUAACUCUAUCGCCGAUAGAGUUAGAGAAUCAUCUAUUGACUCAUCCGUCCGUCGAAAUGGCGGCCGUUAUCGGUAUCGAUAGCGAACUGUACGUUCAGAUACCCAUGGCUUUUGUUACACUGAAUACCGGUGCCAUCGAUAAGGCCGGGGAUAUCAAAGAGUUUGUCAAUAAACGAGUCGAUGUUAACAAACAACUCAGGGGUGGCUUAAAAAUAUUGGAUAAAAUGCCCUUGACCAGUUUUGCUUUUAAGCUCAUUAAGGGAAUAUCAGAUUUAGGCAUUUAA